AAAUAUCAUGUAGAUAUCUAGACAGAGAGAAGGAACUACAGCCGUGGUCAAAUACCAUUCUGAUUGAAAUAACUGCAAAAUGAUCGUGCCUGAACAGCUGAGCUUGGUGACCGCUCUCCCAGUGGUUGUCGUCAUCUAUGCCUUCUAUUGGAUUUUCACCUCUAUCCUACACAACCAACGAGCCCGGCGCAUGGGUUGCAAGCCCGCAUUCGUCCGACCGAGCAAACUCCCCUUCGGUGUUGAUAUUCUAAAGAGAUAUAUUGAUGCAGCAAAGGACCAGAUCCUUCAGAAUGACGAGUUGGUCCUGUAUGAAGAGAUGGGCCGGCACCCAACCUGGAACGAGAAUCUCCUGGGUCAUUGGCACCACGUCACGGCGGACCCGAAGAAUGUGCAAGCCAUACUUGCGACACAAUUCAAGGAUUUCGAGUUGGGCCCUUUGCGCCGUAAUUUAUUCGGUCCGGUUAUUGGAAAAGGAAUCUUCACCACGGAUGGAAAGGAGUGGCAACACUCUCGCACCCUCCUCCGUCCACAAUUCGCUCGCAGUCAAAUCGCUGAUCUAAGGCUUGAGGAGCGUCAUGUCCAACACCUUUUGGAUCGGCUCCCAGUUCAGCAGGAUUCCUGGACCGAUACCGUCGAUCUAUCGCCCUUGUUUUUCAACCUCACUCUUGACUCCGCCACCGAGUUCCUCUUUGGGCACAGUGUCCAUUCCCAGAUUAAUUCGGCCAACGGAAACCAGGGCCUGGAGACUGAUAAGCCUACGCCGCGCUCUCUGCCCAACGGGUUUUCCUUUGGCAAGACCUUUGACCGAGCCAAUCAGACGGUCGUGAUGCGAAGUUAUUUUCUGGACUUGUACUUCCUGUACAAUCCUCCACACUUCCGAAAAGAUUGUGCAGACAUCCAGGAAUUUGCUAAGUAUUAUGUCAACCUGGCUCUCAGAGGGGAGCUACAGCCAGGAAAGGGAAAAAGCGCUCCAGGGGAGAGUGGCUAUGUAUUUCUUCAGGAACUCGUCAAGGAGACAAGAGACCCCGAAGAGCUUCGGAGCCAGCUUCUCAACAUUCUGUUAGCUGGGAGAGACACAACCGCAGGCCUUCUCGGAUGGACUUUCUAUCUACUGUCUCGUCACCCCGAAAUUUACAAACGUCUGCGUACCGUUGUCCUUGACACCUUUGGAGAUUUCUCCAGUACCGCUGCCGUCACUUUCGAGUCCCUCAAAUCAUGCUCCUACCUGCAACAUGUUAUGCAUGAAGUUCUGCGCCUGCACCCAGUCGUACCGGAGAACAGUCGCCGCGCGGUCCGCAACACCACUCUCCCGCGAGGCGGCGGUGCCGAUGGUACAUCACCCAUUUACAUCCGCAAGGGAGAGGAAGUGGCCUACAAUGUGCAUAUUAUGCACCGUCGCGAGGACCUCUGGGGUACUGAUGCCAACGAAUUCCGGCCUGACCGGUGGUCCGGACGCAGGCCAGGAUGGGAGUUUAUCCCAUUUAAUGGCGGACCACGGAUUUGCCUGGGUCAGCAGUUUGCCCUGACCGAGGCCGGCUACGUCAUUGUGCGCAUGCUUCAACGAUUUGACAAAGUGGAAAAUAUGGACAUGUCGACCGUGGUCAAGCAUAAGUACACGUCGACCACUGCCCCGGUUCAGGCUCUUGUUCGCUUGCAUACCGCGUCUUCUUAG